AAUGGGCCUGGUAGUUAGGGGAUAUCUCUACGAGUUAACUCACGCGCGGCAGAGAACAGAGGAAGCCAAAGGCGACGAGAGAGACGACGACGAAGAUGAGAGAGACGGUGAAGUUGAUAAGCAUGGAGGGUUUCGAAUUCAUCAUCGACAGGGAAGCCGCCAUGGUUUCUCAGACUAUCCGGAGCAUGCUCACUUCUCCAGGUGGCUUCUCGGAAUCGAAAGAUGGUGUCGUGACUUUCCCUGAUAUUAGCACCACGAUUCUAGAGAAGAUCUGCCAGUACUUUUAUUGGUCUCUACAAUACUCCAGAGGCAAAGAGACGGAGUUCCACAUUGAACCUGAACUGACUUUGGAGCUAAUGAUGGCUGCUAACUAUCUUCACACUUGAAGACUUAAAAAGAUAACGCUGCUGGAUCUUAUUGGAGUAACACUGGUGUGGGGGUUAAAACUUAAAGUUUGACCCAAAAAAAAUAUGCAUUGGGUUCUUGCUGAAUUAUUGAAUAGCUCCAAGGGAACUCGUCUACUUUGUUUACUAGCUCAUGACCAUUUAAUAUAAUCAAAGUUCUUGUGGCAUUA